AUGUCUUCUGUUCAUGGGAAUAUGCGCGUUGGGGAUCUGAAUCAUUUCCAGAUGUAUCAUGACGGACCUCUGCAGAUUAACAGCAUGGGGAACUCAGAUUAUGGAUCCACAGAUGUUGCAAACUACUUCAACUCUGCUAACUCUGCACCGAGGGCGGAUAAAUGUGUGGCAAUCCUGACCCACAGGAGAAAGAGGACCAACUUCACCCAGCAGCAGAUCGAGGUGUUGGAGAAAGUUUACUCAGACACUAAAUAUCCUGACAUCUACCUGCGAGAGAGACUGGAGGCUCUGACCGGCCUGCCCGAGUCCAGAAUUCAGGUAUGGUUCCAGAACAGAAGGGCCAAGUCACGUCGCCAGGUUGGCUCAUCGGUGUCCAUGAAGGUCGCCAACCCGCCAGCAGCUGGCCCCUUCAGCCAGCUCCAGAGCAGGAUGGGCCCAGAGAAAGUAUAUGACAACAAUCAUGGAGCCGAGGCACACAGGAUAGCAGGUUUCGGACUGGAGGACAGUUUCAGACCUACACUGCACCAAAACACAGACGACCCUCACAGAACCAGUAUGCCCACCAAACCCAGCAGCUACGAACACACGCCCGUCUCCUGCAUCUACGACAAGGAGGGAACCAGAGUGAAGCCUGGGCAGACACAACGGCGCGAGCUGAGCGUCAACGUCCCGUGCUGUAACAUCCAUCUGUAUCCCAAAGAGAACGAGCAUCAACUCAAAAUGGAAGCCAACAUGAGCGCCAACCAGGGUGCAAAGGUUCUGGUGGAAUAUGACAACUUCCCACCAAACAAGACCAUCGGGCCAGAGAUGAAGGUUGUGAUUCCUCCCAUCCCCACGCAGAAUAACUUCAGCAGGUCUUCACCGAAGGAUAACGGAUGCCAAAUCCAGUAUCCACAUGUGAGGGCAGCAGGGGACAGGUUCAGUCACUUCUCCCCGAUCCAUGCCACGGAGGCUCAGGACUUCACUGACUCUGACUCAGACUGGGAAAACGAGGCCAUGGCUGGUUUUGGCGGCUUUAUGUGA